AUGAGUUCUUUGGGGUCGCGUGUUCUUUGGGGUCAUGGGCUCUUUGGGGUUGUGGCUUCUUUGGGGUCGUGGGUUCUUUGGGGUCAUGGGUUCUUUGGGGUCAUGUGUUCUUUGGGGUUGUGGGUUCUUUGGGGUCAUGUGAUCUUUGGGGUCACGGGUUUUUUGGGGUCAUGUGUUCUUUGGGGUCAUGAGUUUUUUGGGGUCGUGGGUUCUUUGGGGUCAUGUGAUUUUUGGGGUCAUGUGUUCUUUGGGGUCAUGGGUUCUUUGGGGUCAUGGGUUCUUUGGGGUCGCGUGUUCUUUGGGGUCAUGGGUUCUUUGGGGUCAUGUGUUCUUUGGGGUCAUGGGUUCUUUGGGGUCGCGUGUUCUUUGGGGUCAUGUGUUCUUUGGGGUCAUGGGUUCUUUGGGGUCGCGGGUUCUUUGGGGUCAUGGGUUCUUUGGGGUUGCGUGUUCUUUGGGGUCUUGGGUUCUUUGGGGUCAUGUGUUCUUUGGGGUCGCGUGUUCUUUGGGGUCAUGGGUUCUUUGGGGUUUUGGGUUCUUUGGGGUCAUGUGUUCUUCGGGGUUGUGGGUUCUUUGGGGUCAUGGGUUCUUUGGGGUCAUGUGUUCUUUGGUGUUGUGGGUUCUUUGGGGUCACGGGUUCUUUGGGGUCAUGUGUUCUUUGGGGUCAUGGGGUCAUGUGUUCUUUGGGUUUUUUGGGGUCAUGUGAUCUUUGGGGUCAUGGGUUCUUUGGGGUUGUGUGUUCUUUGGGAGCCGUGUGUUCUUUGGGGUCAUGUGUUCUUUGGGGUCAUGUGUUCUUUGGGGUUAUGGGUUCUUUGGGGUCAUGUGUUCUUUGGGGUCAUGGAUUCUUUGGGGUCGUGGGUUCUUUGGGGACGUGUGUUCUUUGGGGUCAUGUGUUCUUUGGGGUCAUGGGUUCUUUGGGGUCAUGGGUUCUUUGGGGUCGUGGAUUCUUUGGGGUCGUGGGUUCUUUGGGGUCAUGUGAUCUUUGGGGUCAUGGGUUGUUUGGGGUCAUGGGUUCUUUGGGGUCGCGUGUUCUUUGGGGUCAUGGGUUCUUUGGGGUCAUGUGUUCUUUGGGGUCAUGGUUUCUUUGGGGUCGCAUGUUCUUUGGGGUCAUGGGUUCUUUGGGGUCGCAUGUUCUUUGGGAUCAUGGGUUCUUUGGGGUCAUGUGUUCUUUGGGGUCAUGUGUUCUUUGGGGUCAUGGUUUCUUUGGGGUCAUGUGAUCUUUGGGGUCCUGUGAGCUUUGGGGUCAUGGGUUCUUUGGGGUCAUGGGUUCUUUGGGGUCGCGUGGUCUUUGGGGACCUGCUGCUGUUCCAGGCCUACCACCCGUCCAGGCUCGUCCCGGGGCAGAGGCCCUGUCGCCGCGUGGAUGCCAUGGACUGCUUCGCCAAGUGCUUCCUGAGCGUGAAGCUAGGGGGCAGCAGAGAGGCGGGUCACGGCUGGAGGGCGGUGAGAGUGGACCUGGUGGCUCCUCCGGUCCAGAGCUUUGCCUUCGCUCUCCUGGGAUGGACCGGAUCCACCCAGUUUGAGCGAGACCUCCGGAGAUUCGCCCGCCUGGAAAGAAACAUGCUUUUGGACAACCAUGGCCUGUUCGACAAGUCCAAGGUAGGAGCUGAUCCGGGACAGAAAUAG